UCGGUCUCAUAUUGUUACUGGACACGGUCGAGGCGUUCCGUCAGUGUUUUCAGACGCCCGGGGAUCGCUGCAGGUUGGGCAGGUUUUCAGCUUACAGUUAGCGGCCGCAACAGCAGAUGAUGAACGGAGCUCUGGGAAAGAUGCUGUGUCUGAGGAACGAUAUCAUUUUUAAGCAAGCCUUUUCUCUCUUAAGGGUCAGAACUUCAGGAGAAAAUCCCAUCAGUUCUGCAGGUGGCAUUCUGCUGAGUACCAGUCGGCACUACAAGACACGGCCUACCCAUGGCAUUGGAAGAUACAAGCACCUAGUGAAACCACAGGAGCCCAAGAAGAAGAGGGCAAAAGUGGAAGUGAGACCCAUUAAUUUGGGGACAGAUUAUGAAUAUGGGGUUUUAAACAUUCACCUGACUGCAUACGACAUGGCUGUGGUGGAGAGUUAUGCCCAAUAUGUUCACAACCUCUGUAACCAUCUAUCCAUUAAAGUUGAGGAAAGUUACGCUAUGCCCACCAAAACCAUGGAGGUGUUGUGGCUACAGGACCAAGGCAGCAAAAUGCUCCCGGACUCAGUUCUCACCACCCAUGAGCGAGUGGUUCAGAUCAGCGGUUUGAGUGCUACAUUUGCAGAGAUUUUCUUGGAAAUAAUCCAAAGCAAUCUUCCCGAAGGAGUGAGAUUAUCAGUGAAGGAGCACACUGAAGAAGACUUCAAGGGAAGGUUCAAAGCUCGGCCAGAGCUGGAAGAAUUGUUGGCCAAGUUGAACUAGCUCACUGCAGACUCUCAUGUCAGGACUCGUGAUAUUGAGUGGUCAAAGUUAAGCAGAAGACCCUGACUUUUAGCUAUCAUAACUACCAGUCCCCAUUAGCCAGGAAUGCCUCCUCUCUUAUAAAGAGGAGUGCUUCCCAACUCUCACCACUUUCCUUUGGGCCAACCUAAGACAUUCUCCUUCUAAUAAAAAUCUACAGCUGAAGGGCA